AAACUUCUCUCACUGAGGAGAACCAGAGGAGGUGACUGCAAGAAUGGUGCAUGAGGCAUCUCCUGUGGAAAGUCCUUGGAAAAUCUGUGAAGAACACCGUAUAGAUGAAGAUGUGGGCUUUGCUCUGCCAAAUCCACUGGAGGAACUACCUCAUCCUUUUGAUGCCUGGAUUUCCAUUGCUAAAAAUCUGACUGCCCUGAUUGAGAAUGGUGAACUACGUGCAGAAGUUGAGAAGUUACCAAUGUUCAGCAUUGAUGACCUCCAAGGACACAAGUCCCAGCGCCUUGCACAUCUGGUCCUGGGGUAUAUCACCAUGGCAUAUGUGUGGGAUCGGGGUGACGGAGAUGUCCGUAAGGUCCUGCCCAGCAAUAUUGCUGUCCCUUACUGCAAACUCUCUGAGAAGCUGGGACUGCCGCCAAUUCUGGUUUAUGCAGACUGUGUCUUGGCAAACUGGAAGAAAAAAGAUCCCAGUGGGCCCAUGACUUAUGAGAAUAUGGACAUCCUGUUUUCGUUUCCUGGUGGGGACUGCAGUAAAGGAUUCUUCCUGGUUUCUCUGUUAGUGGAAAUAGCAGCUGCUUCUGCAAUAAAAGUAAUUCCCACCAUAUUCAAUGCAGUACAACAUCAGGAGCAAGACACUUUGAAAAAGGCACUGAGUGAUAUAACUUCUUGUUUGAAGAAAGCCCUUGAGGUGUUUCACCAAAUUCAUGAAUAUGUGGACCCAAACCUAUUUUUUAAUGUUCUCCGCAUAUACUUGUCUGGCUGGAAAGGCAACCCCCAACUGCCAGAGGGUCUGCUGUAUGAAGGCGUCUGGGAUACCCCAAAGAAGUUUGCUGGGGGUAGUGCAGCCCAAAGCAGCAUCUUUCAGUGCUUUGAUGUUCUGCUGGGCGUCCAGCAGAGUGCUGGUGAAGCAUCAGCUGCUGAAUUCCUCCAGGAAAUGAGAACAUAUAUGCCACCAGCUCACCAGAACUUUCUUCUUUCACUAGAGUCAGGUCCCUCAGUUCGUGAGUUUGUACUUUCAAAAGGUGAUACUAGCCUACAGGCAACUUAUAAUGAGUGUGUGAAUGCUAUGGUCUCCCUGAGAAGCUACCAUUUGCAAAUAGUAACUAAGUACAUUGUGAUUCCUGCCCACCAGCAGUCCAAGAAAAACCAAACAUCUCAAGAGCCAUCAGACCAGGAAAACAAAGGAACUGGAGGGACUGAUCUCAUGCGUUUUCUAAAGAGUGUAAGAGGUACAACUGAGAAGGCCUUGUUGAAGGAAGGCUAAUAUAGCCCAAGCAAGGGUACAUUUUGUCAGGACAAAGAUGUCUGCAUAGAUUAAUGCCGAUCAAUAUAUCAGAUCUACAAAUUAAUAUGUAACAACUUACUAAUAGUACCUUAUAAAAGAUCUCAAAAUAAUUUUUUAAUACUUGUGCAUUUCUUUUAUGAAAACUAAAAAAGUAAUUAUAUUGUGAUUGUAUAUAAUUAGAAUGUAAUGAUUAAAUGUGAUAAAAUUGAUGUUAUAAUAAAUGUCUAAAAGUUGUUUUAUUCAUAACUAUAAUUAAAUAUUGUUCCAGAUGAGACCUACUCCACACUGCUACCCUUCAAGCAGGGCUAAUAGAGUCCUUGCUUUCCCUAUAGUAAUAGCACACUUUUUCAUAAUUACCUGUUUCCUUUUCUAUAUUCUCAUAACAUGAUAAGCUUCAUGAUAUCAGGGACACUAUUGUUUACCAGACUCAUGUAUCCCCAGUUCUUAAUAGAUUAUUAACAAAUAUCUGUUGCAUGAAUAUUUGAAAGAUUGAGUGAAUUUAUGAAUAAUAUAAUCUGGGUUAAUAAGAACUCACAUUUGAAAUAUAAUUUCUCCUAAGAGGUCAGAGUUAUCAGGCACUCUCACUCUGGCAUGGAUUUAUUUAAUAAUGGAAUCUAAGAAAGUUAAGGCUGAAGAGGAACUUCAAAAUCAUAUGAGCCAAACUCAUUUUAAAGAUGACAGAGUUGAAGGUCAGAAGAGUGAAGCAACUUACUUCUGUUCACACAAUUCCAUUUUGGACAUCCAUCAGUUUUGUGACCUUAGGCAAACACUUUUAUUUCUGUGAAAUAAACAUAAUACUUGCCCUGCCUCAUUCUCAAGGUAACUGUGAGGACUGAAUGAAACAUAGUGCAAAAGUGUUAGGAAACUAUACAGUACUACUAAAUAUAAGUAAUAAUUUGCUAAGGAUAAUUUAUUGACUCAAAGCCAAGAUUUGUUCCUGUCCUGACUGCUACACUUAUCACUCUGGCUCUACAGCGACACAUCACAGGGCUACACAUCAGGAGUUUCUCCUCCAGAGUUGAUUUUACCUACAUAGUACUGAAUCACCUUGAGAUGCAGAGCAUCUUCGGUUCCCUCAGCACUGCCCUGCAUCAUAUCUUCUUCAUUUGAACAUCACAUCUAUCUCACAUGGGAGGUAGAAAGAGGAGGAAGCAAGGGGCAUUGUCCCUAGCACUGCACUGUUGCUAUGUAGGUGAUGCACAGGCUGAAACCCGGCUUCAAGCUCUCCACAGAGAAGGUGGACAUGUAUUCCUCAGAGUUUAUUCUCUUUUAGCUGUCCAAAUAAUAGAUACCAAGAUUCCUGAUUUUCCUCUAAUUCAUCUCUGGACUGGGAGAUGUACAACAAAAUAUUGGAUAUGUUUCCAAAGAAAUCCUGCUAUUCCUUCACCCCAUGUCAUAUGCUCUCUGCUCAUCACAUUGAGCGCUCCUCUGUGGGGAGAAGGGUCGCCAGAGGAUGAAGGUAAUCACCUCCCAUA